GAUAUUUUGUGAGGUUGACGACUUGGGAGAUUGAUCAAGAUAAUAAUUGUUACUCGACGAAAACAUGGCAAUCAUUCGUUCUCCAGCGAUCCGUCGCAUAAUCUCUGGUGCGCCCCCCUAUCUGCGAGCUUCGCAAAAGAGAUGGGCACAAGUUCAUGAUGUCCGGUUCUUGGCCACUCAGCAAUCAGACAGAGUGCUGGAAAAGUACAAGGAGAAGCUUGAACAAAAAGCAAAAGAGGAAGGUCUGCGAGACGCCAAUGAACUGAAAGAAGCAUACAAAUCCAAAAUCGAAGAGAUGAAAAGGAAAGCCACCGUUGCUAUUCCUACUCCUACGAAUGCCCCUCCCACCCCACCACCCUCCCCGACUACUUCGUCACCUUUUCCUGCACCUCCGCCACCGCCUCAAACUCCGGCCGAGAAGGCGCCUUCUUCAACCCCUGGGCUAAAGACUUUAUCCUCUUACCUUGAUCUCGAGAAAGUCCGCACAUUAUCACAAGAAAAGAUUGAAGCUCUCUGGCGAUUCCGACAUGCCAGCGAAGCCAGAUCAUUGUGCGCAGUUAUACCCUUAGAUACAUAUAAAACAAUUGAGAAAACUGCGAAGGCAUUCCCUCACUUUAUUCUCCCACUUCCAAAGGAGGGACAAGGUGCCGAAAUCCAUUUCUUGCAAUGGACUUUCCCAGCUGAGAAUACCGUCGCUGUGCUAUUCACACAUCUUGCGGAAUAUAAAUUGAGAGGCGAAUACAGUCAACCACAUACUACAAUCACACAUCAUUUAGAGUUGGAGAAAGAUAAAGGCUUGGUGUUGUUACAGGGUCAGGUCGUUGAAGGAAGAGGUGUGAGCGUCGACGAAGCAAAAUGGCUGGUUAUGUGUUUACAAAAGUUCUAUGGUCCGGUUGGGGAAAAGAGUGAUAGACGUCGGUUAUUAGAGAUGUUUGGAAGAGGCGAUCCAGCUUUCAAAUUAGAGGAUUUGGUCGAGGAGGCCGAAAAGAUUAUAUAGAGGUGGCUUAAGCAUUAACGAAUUGUACGAUACGAACAGACGACUUGAGACGUGGUCUGGGGCUGGAGUUUGGCUCAAACUUGUAAGCAUGUAAUUACUCUUCUCUCCGAUCACAAGUUUCGCAGUGUAUGGAAUGAAAUGUACUGAGUUUGCAAGAUUCGAAGGAAAAGAAUAACCAUACGCAAGCUUGAUUUGUCUCUCACACUCAUUCGAAUGGAUUACACGCCAUUCCUCAUUCAUCUGUCACCAAAUCAUCAUUGAAAUAGACAAUGCUACUUCAACAUUAUCACAAAUCAAUCACAUUUGUCAGGAGGCGGCCAGGGCCCAUUCUAUAUUCUCGAUUUGUGGAUUCAAACGACCGGCUCUUCGAAGUCCUCGAGUGAUGAUACGGCGUCUUCGAUGUGUCACUAGCUAUAUUAUACAGCAUCGAGCACCACGGCGAAUUCAAUGAAGUUCACACAAAUUGCAAAUCAUGUAUUGGUAGGAAAUUAUUAUUA